UUUGCAAACGAUUUCACGAAUAAAGUAUUUUUUUUUAAUUCUAUCUUCGUAUAGGUAAUCGUUUUUAAUCUUUUUAAUGCAAAAAUAUUAGAGUUAUUGGGAGAAGUGAUCCAACAAAGCGAAUGCAACAAUGAGAAACUGCUUCAUUCCUAAAUGUGAUCUUGUCAACAAGCAUAACCCGAAACGGGCGAUGUUUAACGUUCCGAUAAAGGAUGCUAUGCUGUUUGCGCAAUGGCAAGCCGUUCUUCCGAAUCAUCGUCCGUUAAAGGAGUUUGAUAGGAUAUGUGAAAACCAUUUUGCCGAAGAGGACAUACUACGCUACUGGGAACAUACGAUCAAUGGCAAAAUAGAGAGAAUGGAACGAAAAAAACCGGCGCUCAAGCCUAAUGCAGUACCAGUUUAUGUUGAUUCAGUUUCAGUAGAUGAAAGUUUUAAUAGUUCUUCCCAGAAAAACCAAAUGAAGGUGUUGCAGGAGUCAAUAGACGUUCCACAAGCGAAGAAAAUUAAAACUUGCCAAACAGAUUCUUCUGAGGUAAGUGUAACUAGUACGAUUAAUUUGUCAGUACAGACUAUUCCCGAGUCGUUGGAAGGCCAAGAAAUUGAACACAAUACUCUAAUGGAGGCUGAACAAUCAGUGCACCCUGAAUUUGAAAUGCUCUAUGACGAUGUGUAUGAAGUUGAGUUACCAUCAACGCUUUGGGGUAUUCAUAGGGAUACUGAGAAGAAAUUCAUCGCUUUCACGGAAUUUAACAAGGAUACAAUGAAUACCAGAAAAUAUCUGUUCAUUGAUCAACGUCUGGAGUACAGAAUGGCGGUUGGACAGAGAAUAAUGAAAAAAGGAAUACUUUCAGAGGCUUGUACAGUUGAUAUUUCUAAUUUGUUGUCUGAGUUGGAAGAUAUUCAAGUUCGUAAGAUAAUUGUUAAAGGAAGUUCUUCAGUGCUAAAAGAAACUUGAUUUGAAAACGCAUGACUUUAUGUGUAUAAUAAAUUUUAUAUUU